CCAGAGUGAAAACGUUCGGGAAAGAACCGAGCGGAUAACAACACUUUCUCUCUCUUGCGAAAUAAUCGGGGGAAAAUUAUAAAGUAAAAAUAAAAAGAAUGCAGAUCACGCUGAAAACCCUCCAGCAGCAGACGUUUAAAAUCGAUAUCGACGCAGAGGAGACGGUAAAAGCCUUAAAGGAGAAAAUCGAGAAUGAAAAGGGGAAGGAGAGCUUUCCUGUCGCUGGACAGAAGUUGAUCUAUGCAGGCAAAAUCCUUAACGAUGACACCGCGCUUAAGGAGUAUAAGAUAGACGAGAAGAACUUUGUGGUCGUCAUGGUAGCAAAGCCUAAAGCGGCCCCUGCAGCCGCUCAGCCUUCUGCCGCCGCCACGACGACCAGCAGCACCUCCUCCAGCACUACAGCUCCCACAACCCCCUCAACCGCCUCAGCAGCAGCCAGCGACAAACCCACGGAGAGCACCCCACAAGAGGAUAAACCGGCUGAAGAGAAACCGCCUUCAAAUGCAGUGCCGUCCUCUACACCUGCCAGUUCUGGUUUACUGACGAACGUGAACAUAUUCGACGAAGCGACUUCUGCUCUGGUGACGGGUCAGUCAUAUGAGAACAUGGUGACGGAGAUCAUGCUGAUGGGUUAUGAGAGAGAGCAGGUGGUGGCAGCACUGAGGGCGAGUUUCAACAACCCAGACCGCGCCGUGGAGUACCUGCUGACGGGCAUACCAGUGGAAGGUGAGGGCAAUGCAGGUGGUGCUGAUCCAGUGGCUCCAGCAGGGGGUACUACAGCUGCCACCACAGGCCUCUCCUCUCCCUCCAGCACAGCUCCAACACAGCCCAGCGCUGGAUCAGGUGCUAACCCUCUGGAGUUUCUGAGAAAUCAGCCGCAGUUCCUGCAGAUGCGGCAGAUCAUUCAGCAGAACCCCUCACUGCUCCCGGCCCUGCUGCAGCAGAUCGGCCGAGAGAACCCCCAGCUACUACAGCAAAUCAGCAGCCACCAGGAGCAGUUCAUCCAGAUGCUUAAUGAGCCAGCACUGGAGUCGGGGCAAGGCGGAGGCGGAGGGGGCGUGGCUGAGGCUGGAGGCGGGCAUAUGAACUACAUCCAGGUCACACCGCAGGAAAAGGAAGCCAUUGAGAGGCUAAAGGCCCUAGGAUUCCCAGAAGGACUUGUUAUACAGGCCUACUUCGCCUGUGAGAAGAACGAGAACUUGGCGGCGAACUUCCUUUUACAACAGAACUUCGACGAUGACUAAAGGGAGACGUAGUCGUUUUGAUUUAUCCCCAACCAAAAUCGCCCCCCCCCUCUUUUUUUUUUUUUUUUUUUUUUUUUUUUCUGUCAAUUGAUCAUAUUGGGAAAAAAGAUAAAAAUUGUAUACAUUCAUACACAGGCAGUCAAGUUUUCUUUGAUUUUUUUUUUUUUUUUUUUUUUUUGUUUAUUUCCUGACAGUUGCAUCUGCUUUUGACACACUGGAUGACUCCAUCGUGUUUGGUGGAAGGCGAGCUCGUUCGUUUGCUCCUUUCUAGUUGGAGAAUUGAGUAAAAGCCAACUUGCUUCUUCUGAAAAUGACGCAGUGCUACCUGUUGCUUCUGUUUCUGCUUGUUUUUUAUUACUUCAUCAUUAAAUGAUAUUUUCCCCCCCAUUGUAAGGAAAUGAACGCUGGUUUAAAGGGUCGAUUGCCAAGGUAGAUUUUUUCUUUUUUCUUUCUUUCUUCACCAGAUGUUUCAAACCUGAAGUAUGAUUGGGAGGGUUUUGUUUAAAUGGCAUAUUCAUCAAUGCUCAUGUUAAUGAGUGCGUUCUCUUGGCCCCGGACAGUGCUCACACGGGCAUCUUUAUUUUUCUCUCUCUCUCUCUCUCUCUCUCUCUCUCUCUCUCUCUCUCUAUCUCUGUCUCUAUCUCUGUCUCUAUCUCUAUCUCUCCCUCUAUCCCUCUAUCCCUCUAUCUCUGAAUUGACCAGUAUAGGGACCCCCAGACACUUCAAACUGCAGUUUUAAAUGACAGUAAAAGAUUUUUAAAUCAACCACAGUGCUGUUACCAUUUCUAUUUUUGUUUUAUUAAAACGAUGAAAGAAAAAUCAGCUCUUCUUUGUAGUGCAUGCAACACGGAUCCUGCAAGGCGACUUUGUCCAGUUAGCGCCAGACCCUUGCUCUCCAGCUGACCAAUGCAGCCGCGUUCUACUUCCUUUAAACCAAAAUAAAAGUUAAUGGCAUGUACAUUUGCUUUCAUAGUUGCUAUAAUUAGUGUUGACAAUUAUGAUCACUACAAAUUUACUGUCAUUUUUACAGAAAGAAAACAAAUAAAACUUUUCAACAUAAA